GUGCCUGGACAUGUGGGUAGGAGAAGGGAAUAAUAUGACUUUAAGACUGACAGAUAGAUCUCUAUCCUCAUCAGAGUCAGAAUCAGAAAUGCUUUAUUGAUCCCUGUGGUGUUAUUGGGUCACAUUAAAGUUGCACCCAUUCUGGAAUAAAAUAUAUAUGGCAAAGAAAAAUGACACAUCGAGAUCUAUCUAUCAGAAAGACAGACAAUUACUGUGUUUUUUCCUCCAGAUAUCCUACAAGGCGCUGAGCUCUUUCGACACAGAGUUCGAUCUGACCAAUCAGAGCGGGAAGGUGUUCAAACCAGCCAAUGAGAAGCACCUCUUCACAGGCCUCUCCCCUGGCUCCACCUACUCCUUCACAAUCAGCGCGUCCACUAUAAAAGGCUUCGGUCGGCUCAGCUCCCAGGUCACCACCAAGAUAUCAGCUCCGCUGAUGCCAGCCUAUGAGCAGGAAGCCCCUCUGAACCAGACGGACUCCACUGUCACCGUCCUGCUGAAGCCGGCUCAGAGCAGAGGAGCACCAGUCAGUAAGUACCAGGUGGUGGUGGAGGAGGAGCGCCCCCGCAGGCAGCAGAGGGGUACUGCGGAGAUCUUGCGGUGUUACCCCGUCCCGGUCCACUUCCACAACACCAGCCACCUCAACUCCUUCUACUACUACACUGCCGAGAUGAGCAGCAUCCAGAAGCCCCUGGCCUUCUGCAUCGGGGACAACAGGACGUACGGGGGCUACAGGAACGCUCCUCUCCUUCCUCAUAAGAGCUACACCGUGUACUACCAGGCGGUCAGCACCGCUAACGGGGAGACUAAGAUAGAUUGUGUCAGAGUGGCCACUAAAGCGGCUAUAAUAAUGACAACAACGCCGUACGUUCGAAUCGCACCUCCGCCUGGAGACAAGCAGCUAGCAGGCGCGGCCACCAGGCGGCCGGAGCCCGAGCAGGAGAAACAGUCGGACCACACGGUGAAGAUCGCUGGGGUCACCGCUGGAGUGCUGCUCUUCAUCAUCAUCUUCCUCGGGGUCAUCCUGCUCAUAAAGAAACGACGAAGAAACUAUCAAUCCUACACUUACUACCUGACGCUGGCUAAGAAGCGUAAGGAGACCAGUUCCCGGCAGGAGAUGACGGUGAUGGUCAACUCCAUGGACAAGAGCUUCGCUGAGCAGGGGACCAGCUACCAGGCGGACACUCACACACUCACCACACGCAGUGAGUCCACACACACACACACACACACAAACACACACACACAUACACACACACACACACACACACACACACACACACACACACACACACACACACACACACACACACACACACACACACACACACACACGCAGUGAGUCCACACACACACACACACACACACACACACACACACACACACACAC